AGCGUCGACACACAACGUUCCGCUCAAGCCGUUGGACCGUUUUUGCGGUAACAAAAUCCACAUUAAUAACGCGAUUAAAGGUUACAAAGAACACGGGCUCUCGGCGCAAUAUUGAACUUUAGAGACAUGACGUCCCCUUUAAGAGGUGCGGGGUGUCGGCUGUGGAACUCUAUAGGGGCAGUUUGAGUCAAACUGAAGGUUUGGCGAGGCUGGAGGCGGUCGACAUGGUGAAGAAUGUUCCGGAAAGUCAAAAAACGGCACAGCAGCAGCAGCUCGCAGAGCAGUGAGAUCAGCACCAAAAGCAAAUCUCUGGACUCCAGCUUGGGAGGGCUCUCCAGAUCCAGCACCGUCGCCAGCCUCGACACAGACUCCACCAAGAGCUCAGGAAACGGCACGUCGGAAACAUGUGCCGAGUUCCGGGUGAAGUAUGUGGGAGCCAUUGAGAAGUUACAGUUUGACAUGAGCAAGACCCUCCAGGAGCCUCUGGACCUCAUCAACUAUAUUGAUGCCGCCCAGCAAGAUGGAAAGCUGCCCUUCGUGCCCAGAGACGAAGAGAUGAUUCUGGGAGUGUCAAAGUACGGAGUCAAGGUGACCUCGCUGGACCAGUGUGACGUGCUGCACCGCCACUCGCUGUACCUGAUCGUGCGCAUGCUGUGCUACGAUGACGGCCUCGGUGCGGGGAAGAACCUCCUGGCUCUCAAAACCACCGAUGCGAAGCAAGAGGAGUGCAGCAUCUGGGUGUACCAGUGCAGCAGCUCGGAGCAGGCUCAGUCCAUCUGCAAGGUGCUGUCGGCUUCCUUUGACUGCGCUCUGACAUCAGUCAAAUCCUGAGAGCAAAGAGAGCCAACAGGAAUAAGAAUGAAACAACUGCAAAAGCAUCAACAGUGAUCAGAAGAUUGCCAAAGAAUUGCAACCAUUUCCCUUUUAUCCAACUUUGUUUUGUUUUCUCUGAGAGAGAAAAGGCAAAUCUUUGUUUGUUUUCCAUGUUCGUUUGCAUUAAGUAAACAUAAAUAUAUAUUAUCCCCUUUUCCCAUCAGGUGGGACGGUGCAACUGUGAAUUUGUGUGAAUCAUUUCCUUUGCUCCUUUGACCUUUCACAUACAGUCAAGAGCAACGGAAAGAAAAUGGUGGCAUUUUUUAACGCAUUGGAAUACAAUGUAAAUUAAUCAUAUUUAAAGCAAACAAUGGUAGAAAAUGGUACGUGAUCUCCAGCAGCUGUCAGCAUGUGUUAGUUCAUGGGCACACUCAUCAGUGGAGGAACUACACGGUACACAUCUUUUACAAUAUUUCUUUUUCAUGUGGAAAUUACUCAGAUCCCUUUUGUGUAUUUUGUGGUGUUUUUCACAAACAGUAUUGGUACAAUAAGUCACUUUUUUGACUCCAAGGUACAUUAUACAAAUAUGCUUUAACUGUGUGGGAGAAGCCUCAUUGUUUAUAUCUGUGGGAACUAAUCAUAUUUAAAGACAGUUUUGACUUUUAUUGUAUCUUUUUCUUUUCGUUAUACUGUACGGUUUCUUGAUACCAAAAGCUUGAUGUGUUCUUGAAUGUUAACUCUUUGUUUUUAUGUAGUGAUUAAAAUGCAUUACAUCCAUUCACUUGCUGAAACCAUGUGAAUCAUAUUCGGCUGUAGAAACAUUUAUUUUACAUUGUUUUAAAUCGUGGUACUUACUCACUUCACCUCAUUAGCCCAUUCUCUUUUCUGUCCCUUCAAAACAGCCCUGUUAAGAUUGUGUUGAAAAUGUGACAUUAAAUAAUUUGAUCCAAUUGCGAUUA